AUGCGAAAAUCAGCUUCAUAUACCUGCACUAGGUGCUUAAGUGCCCUCAAACCGAUUACUUGGAUUCCACAACGCCCGGCAUUCUCUGCGCGACUGGCCCUGGGGUCACGAAGUAUUUCUACAUGCAAAAAUGGGGCGAACUUACAUGGGAGCCAGGAUACAAAUCAGAAGCCGUUGGGCAGGAGGGCAGCUUCAUCGAUAGGGCAGACGAGCAAGAACGAGCGGUUCGAGUUUGGAGCGCCAGGAGGACCAGAAGCGACCCCGGGAGACACGAGAGAAAGCAGACCUCUUUUGAUGCCCAACAACCUCUUCCACCCCUUUUCGAGCUCGCCAUCUCCCGAGAUUAGACGAAGAGCUGCGUUUAUAAGGCAGAAUGCCUACUGCCCGCACCCCGAUCACCAUCAGACUCGUCUGCCCAUGAACCCGAGCGAUCAUGAGGCGCGAAAAUCAGUCAAAGGACCGCUGCCGCCCGCGCAUGUGGACUUCGAAUGUCCAGAUUGUGGGAUACCCGUAUCUUGCUCUGAGGAGCACUGGGCAGACGAUUACGAAGCGCAUUUGGAGAUUUGCGAUACAUUGAGAGAGAUCAACGAGGACGAUCAUGAUCUGCGAUCUGGUCGAUUCUUUCCAGAAUUUGAGUAUCCAGGUGAUCAAAUUGAGGAAGCUAUGGUCAACAUGACAAACUGGGACACGUUUUUGUUCUCGAGAGAAUUCCAGGCUAUAAACGACGAGAGAAGUUUGCGGCAAGCAACAAGGCUGUUGACAUAUCCUGUUACAAUUGGCAGUAUAUUGCACGAGUUGAGUCCAUACAACAUAAAGAAAGGAGGGAGGUUGACUGUGGAGGGCCUAAAGAGUUUGAGCGCUUUGAGAUAUUCGCUGCAUCCCCCUCGAUCUGGAGGCGAUGCUACCAUCAAGGGACUUAAGCUCAGUCCACCGCCGAUGAGGAUCUUCAUUCUGGGCGCUCGUGCCGAGUCGUCUCUGCCACGAGAAGUCUGGGUGCAAUUGACCCAUCUCUUUCCUCGCGUUGCCUUCCACAUUGUUUUCAUCGGACCUGAAAGUAUGGCGAACAGAGAUGCCGAGUUCCCGCUCCCGCAGCGAACUCCAGAGAACCCUUAUGGAGCUGUUGUUGAGGACCGUAUCACGCACCACAUGAAAAUCAGCACCUAUGUUGAUUACUACCACACACUCCACGAAGCUGGUCACUUUUACCCAUACGAUCCUUACUUUGAUUGCUUCAUGCUUUUCCACCCAGGACUUGGACACCCGGCCAGCUCCCACGAAUGGGAGGAGACAAUCCCGCAGUUACUGCAGACCAAGGUUCCGAUCCUCGUCACUGGUUACACUCAGUACGACAUGGAGAGAGAUAUCGAUUGGGUCAAGAAGAAGGUAGGAGGCGAGAUGGAUAUGUUGAUGGAACCAGGCGAGAACCGCUUCCGAAGUUUGAGAUGGGACCUCAACGAUCUGGAUCCCCAGGAUAUCAGUUGUGGUAAUUGGGGAGUCUGGGCAUUCAGAGGAAAGAGAUACGAGACAACAAGAAAAGAUUCCGAGCCGUGA